AUGAUAGAAGAAAAGUUGCGUGUGAUGAAACUAGAGGGGCAAAGGUUAACUGCGACUAUCGAAUAUCGCAGGUUGCUUGCUCAAAAGAAGAUUUCCGGAGACCCAUUGUCUGAAGAAUGUGUCAAAAGGCUCUUUGCUUCUCUUAGUAUAAAAAUUGAGAACCUCAAGAAGAAGAUAGAUGAAACAGAGAUAAGUAGUAAUAAUAAUAAGAAGAAGAAGAAGAAGAAGAAGAGGGAGAUGAGGCUGUCAUUGUACAUGCAAAAAAGCGAGAAGCUUUCAGAGAUUAAGGAAUUAGACGAGAAGAUAAAUAAGGAUAACAGAAGUUAUGAAAAGCUGGAAAAGAGCCUCCAUUCGUUAGAGGAGAAGUUGUUCCCGGAUUUGCGAAAGUUGCGAGUGUUGAGACCUUACCAAUCCAUAAAAUCUGGGGAUGAUUUCCACCUGGUUUACUACAUGUGCCUUUACGGUGGCAAAUCAGUGGCUUUUGCCAUAGGGAGUGGUGCACAGAGGGAUCCGGACCAGGUUGCUCUUCUCAGAGCUAGAUUCGAAGCUGAUUUCGGCUGCGCUCGCUUGUCGGAGAUUGUGGGGACAAACGGUUUGGAAGCUGGGAAACUCUAUAUGGCUGAACCAUUUGAGGAUGAGAAGAAGAAGAAGAGGAAGGUGAGUGUUGAUGUGGUGGAGAAGAGUAGAUGGGCUGAAUAUGGUUUCUGUGGGAGUGAUGAUUGA